UUCAGGGUCAUUUUCGUAAGUUCAAUAAACUAUCUGAUUUGCCGUCAACUUCCGUCGUACUGGCGCACACAUAUUUAACGACAGCCUGUCAACAGCUGUACCAUGCUUACGUCAUCAAACCUCCAACCCUAAAUUAUAUUGAUUUUAAAAAUCCAUUUUAAGAAUUCGAAAAUAUAUUUUUGCCAUUUUUAUUUUCAGACAGCCUUUACAUUUAUUUAAGAAAUGCAAUACUUCCUAAUUAGACCACAAAUUAAGAUAUACAUAAAAAAAUAGAUUUUAAAAUAAUAUUUUUUUCCUUAUUGAUAUAAUUUACAGAGAGGAAAAACAAUGGUGUGUGGUUAAGUUUGGAGAGUGGUGCGCGCAUCCCUAUGGAGUAGUCUUCUUCUUCUUUUUCUUUUUUUCUGUUUAAUCCUAAAAGAAUAAUAUUAUUCAGAAGUGUAUAUAUAUAGAGAGAUAAUCGAAUUGGGGGUUUCUUAAGAAAAUCCGUCAUGGAUCCAUGUCCUUUCGUGAGGUUAACCAUAGAGAAUCUCGCCCUGAAAUUUCCGGUGGCGGCAAAGCCAGCUCGCUCCGCCGUGCACCCCUCGUCGUCGCCGUGCUUCUGUGUAAUCAAGCUGAAAGGCUUCCCAAUCCAGAACGCCGUGGUGCCCUACAUUCCGCCGGAGAGCGCACAAUUUCCCGAAGGGAAUUCUCACGCACUCGCCGCCAGUUUCCAUCUCAGUAAACCCGACGUUGAUAGGCUGUUGGGGAAAUCCUCCAUAUUUUCCGGCGGCAAGAGACCGCAGCUUAAAAUCGCGGUGUACUCCGGGCGGCGUGGAGCCUCGUGCGGCGUGAACUCGGGGCGGUUGUUGGGGAAGAUCACGGUUCCGUUGGAUCUGACCGCGGCGGAGUCCAGAGCGGUGGUCUUCCACAACGGGUGGAUUAGUGUGGGGGUGGAAGCCAAAGGUGCGGCGCAGUUUCACUUGAAUGUGAAGGCGGAACCCGACCCGAGAUUCGUAUUCCAGUUCGACGGAGAGCCCGAAUGCAGCCCGCAGGUUUUCCAAAUCAAAGGCGAUGUUCGCCAGCCGGUUUUCACCUGCAAGUUCAGUUUUCGUGCCCCUGACCGCAAUCAACGCUCCAUGUCUUUACCGUCAGAACACAGUAACGGAGCACGGGCUUGGUUAAGUUCGUUUGGUAGUGAAAGAGAAAGGCCCGGAAAAGAACGAAAAGGAUGGUCCAUCACAAUCCACGAUCUCUCCGGUUCGCCUGUCGCCGUCGCCUCGAUGGUGACGCCGUUCGUACCCUUGCCCGGUUCAGACAAGGUGAGCCGGUCCAACCCGGGUUGCUGGCUCAUUCUCCGGCCCGGUGACGGCACGUGGAAGCCGUGGGGCCGGCUUGAGGCCUGGCGCGAGCGCGGCGCCUCCGACGGUUUGGGCUACCGGUUCGAACUAAUCCUAGACUCGGCGGCGGCUGCGGGUAUUGUGUUAGCCGAGUCGGCGCUCAGCUGCAGCAAGGGAGGGAAAUUCGUCAUAGACUUGAACGGCGGCGGCGGCACGCCGUCGGGGACGCCGAGGAGCGGCGGCGCGUCGCCAGGGUGUAGUCCACGUGGCAGUGGGGAUUUCGGGAAUGGGCUGUGGCCCUACUCCGCGUACAGGGGGUUUGUGAUGUCGGCUUGCGUGGAAGGGAACGGGCGUGGGAAGACGGUGGGUCCGGUGGUGGAGGUUAGCGUGCAGCACGUGACUUGCACGGAGGAUGCGGCGGCGUUUGUUGCUUUAUCAGCGGCGCUGGACUUGAGCAUGGAUGCCUGCAGGCUUUUCUCUCAGAAGCUCCGCAAGGAAUUGACGCCUCAAGAUUUACGUUUCUGAUUAAUUAAUUAAUUAAUUACGGAAAAAUUAACCGUUUCUUCUUCUGUAAAAGUUCUUUUUUUACUGCUUGGUUUGAGGGGGUGAAUAAUGAGGGGUAGAUUUGACAUUUUGUUACUAACUACAAAUAGGAUUAAUGUACAGAUGAGGGUAAAAAAAAAGGUGGGAUUUUGUCUCAUUUGGGGGUAAUUUUGUUGCAGAGAAAAGACACGCUGUCUUUUUUAAGUGUGUGGAUUGUGAGUUUUUUGUUUUAUUGGAUGAAUUAUAUUAUAAUUUGAAAAUGUUGAUGAAUUU